AUGGCCUCAAGAAACAGGACAGAAGUGACUGAAUUCAUCUUAUUGGGCCUGUUCAAUUGGCCAGAGAUGCAACCAAUUAUUUUUGUAAUAGUUCUUGCCAUGUACCUGGUGGCAGUUAUUGGCAAUACCCUAUUAGUGAUUGUUGCCCACUCAGACACCAAGCUUCAGACACCCAUGUAUUUCCUUCUCAGUCAGCUUUCCUUUAUUGACAUAUUUCUGACAACCAUCACUGUGCCCCAAAUGCUGGUGCACACAAUGUCAGUGAAUCGAACCAUCUCCUUUAACCACUGCAUGGUCCAGUUGUUUUUCUUCAUGACUGUGGGCAGCAUGGAAGGCCACUUGCUGGCUGCCAUGGCCUAUGACCGUUAUGUUGCCCUCUGUGACCCUUUAAGAUACUCUGCCAUUGUUAGCCACCAGCUCUGUCUGCGUAUAACCUUAACCUCAUGGGUAAUUGUCAGCCUUAACAGUUUCCUUUAUAGUGUGCUGGUAACCCAUUUAACCUUCUGUGGCAACCAAGUCACCCACUUCUUCUGUGAUAUCACACCGCUGCUGCAGCUCUCCUUCACCCGACCAGUGGUCAAUGAAAUGCUAAUCUUCACAGAGGGUGUAGCUGUAGUGGUCAGCCCUUUCCUCUUCAUUUUGGGCUCCUAUGCCCGCAUUGGUGUUGCCAUAGCCCGCAUGCACUCUGUUGCUGCCCUGCGUAAAGCUUUGUCCACUUGUAGCUCUCACAUCCUGGUUGUGCUUCUCCUGUAUGGCUCUGUGAUCCGCAUGUACCUCCGGCCAUCCUCCAGCUAUGAUCUGGACCAGGACCGCCAGGUCGCUAUUUUCUACACAGUAGUUACUCCUAUGCUAAACCCACUUAUCUACAGCCUGAGGAACCAGGAGGUCAGGGGCGCUCUGCAGAGGCUUGGCAAGAAACUCUGCAUCUCAGGAAACUUCCAGCCUGGCUCCCAGGCAAACAGGAAAUGGCAGCACAUCUCCUGA